AUGUCAAACGAAGCUGCACAAUCUGGUGGUCAAAUGGAUGCACUCGACAAGGGUGUCGAUGCUGUCGCUAACAAGCUCGGACACAAGCAAUCCAGAUCAACCGUUGAAAAGAUCUCUGACGGGUCAGUUUACAAGAAGUUAACUGGCAAGGACGUCCCUAUUCAGGACAAAGAAUAA